CCAGGGGAAGGGAGAGGGGGCAGGGAGGGAGGAGAAGGGAGGAGAGGAGAGGCGACCACCAUGGGCCCUCGGAGUCGAGUCAGGGUGGCCAAAUGCCAGAUGCUGGUCACCAGCCUCUUUGUCCUGCUGCUGGGCCUCCUGGCGGCCACCAUGGCGGCUCUCACCUACUUCGGAGCCCACUUCGCCGUCUUCAGCCGUGUGUCCCCGGAGGGCUCCUCCUACCCGGCCCUGCACCGCGGGGCCUUCUUCGCAGGGAUCAGCCUGGCCGGGCUCCUCACCCUGGGGGCCGUGCUGAGUGCCGCAGCCACCGUGCGGGAGGCCGGGGGCCUCAUGGCCGGGGGCUUCCUGUGCUUUGCCCUGGUCUUCUGUGCCCUGGUGCAGGGCGCCUUCUGGAGGCUCCGCAACCCCACCCAGGUGGAGGAUGCCCUGCUGGACACCUACGAUCUGGUGUAUGACCAGGCGGUGAUGAGCCCGUCCAGCGCCCGGCGGCAGGAGCUGGCGGCCAUCCAUGACACGUUCCUGUGCUGUGGGAAGAGCUCUCCUUCCGGCCUCCUGGGCAGCGUGGAGGCCGAGCUGUGCCGCGGACAGGAGGCGGCCACACAGGACUGCCUGCAGGGCGUGAGGAGCUUCGUGAGGACACACGGACACAUCGCCUCCACCCUGACCAGCGUCGGCCUCGCCACCAUGGUGUACGCGAUGCUGCUCAGCUCCUUCCUCUGGUUCGCCAUCCGCUCCGGCCGCAGCUUGGACCGAAGAGGGACCUAUGCGCUGAGGCCCCGGCCCCGAGGCCGCCAGCCCCAGGAGCCCGGCUUCUUCCGGCGAUCCGGGAGGAGCCCCACCCUUCGCCACCUGGUCGACCUUCGGGGCCCAGGAGGACCCACGGGGGACCCUCGGCUGCUCCAGGACAACUGAUGCUGCCUCAUGCCGGCGGGCGCCCACAGAGGUGACGAGGCCCAGCCGCCCCGUCCCUCACUGAGAUGAGAGCCGCGCCCUCCACCUGGAGGCGGGACGGGGACGGGGAGGCCCCAUUUCAGACUCAGGAGUCAGGCUGGGAAUUGAGUCCGAACAGGGGAGCCAGCCCUGGCCAGUGUGGCUCAGUGGAUAGAGCGUCGGCCUGUGGCCUGAAGGGUCCCAGGUUCGAUUCCCGGUCAGGACACGUGCCUGGGUUGCGGGCACAUCC